ACGUGACGAAGAAAACUUUGUUAGGCCACUGACUAGCAUAUACAUACCUACUAAGGCGGGGUAAGGUAAAAACGUGCCCCGCAGGAUUAUUGAUCUUCUUGCACCGGCUUUUUGCUUAGUUACUCAAAUUAUGUCGUUAUGAAAUCAGAAGUCAAGCUGGGAAAGAGAGGAGGUUUUGGAGGCUAUAAUGCUCGCGAUAAAAGUACUACAAACCGACUUAAAGUAUAUAAAAGUGGUGGAAAGGUUAGUAGAGAUAGAACUGGAAAAAUAGUAAAAAAUGCAGUUUUUCAAAAUACGCUUGCAAGCGGAACCGUUGCCAGAGUGCAACCAGAUAGGCGUUGGUUUGGAAAUACCCGUGUUAUAGGUCAGCGACAACUGGAUUCUUUUCGUGAUUCCCUUCAAAAUUCUCUUAUUGACCCAUAUAAGAUCGUGUUGAGGCACAAGCUGCCCCUUUCUUUGUUAAAUAGCAAAAUUACUUCUAAACGCAGUCACAUUUUAGAAGUUGAAAGCUUUGAGUCGACUUUUGGUAAAAAGGCCACUAGAAAAAGAGCAAAACUAAAUAGCUCGACUUUAGAGGAAUUAGUAAAUCAAGUAGCUGAGAGUUCUGACAAGUAUGACCCCUCAAAAGACCAGUUACUUGCUCCUGUAGUUGCUAAAGAUAAAUCGCCGGACGAAAUCUUUAAAAAGGGGCAAAGUAAACGCAUCUGGACGGAACUUUAUAAGGUUAUAGAUUCGGCCGACGUGCUGAUCCAAGUACUCGACUCUAGGGAUCCUCUUGGGACACGAACAAAGUACAUCGAAAGGUUUCUGAAAAAAGAAAAGCCGCACAAGCAACUUGUGUUCGUCCUGAACAAGUGCGAUCUGGUACCCACGUGGGUCACAGCGAAAUGGAUAAGAGCUCUCUCUGCGGAGUACCCGACCCUGGCCUUCCACGCCUCCAUCAACAACCCUUUUGGGAAGGGCUCGCUCAUACAACUUUUGCGCCAGCUCAGCCGGCUUCACAGCGACAAAAAACAGAUCAGCGUGGGAUUCUUUGGGUAUCCAAAUGUCGGGAAGUCCUCCAUAAUCAACACGCUGAGGAAGCAGAAGGUGUGCCGCGUCGCCCCAAUUCCUGGGGAAACCAAAUGCUGGCAAUACAUAACCCUGUUCAAGAGAAUCUUUCUAAUCGACUGCCCGGGCGUCGUAUAUAACUCGGGAGACAGCGAGACGGACACUGUCUUGAAAGGAGUGGUCCGCAUCGAAAAUCUGCCUGACCCUGCCGACCACGUGGAAGCCGUUCUUCAAAGGUGUAGGGCGGAGCACCUAGCCAAGCACUAUGGCGUCAGUUCUUGGACCAGCCACGUUGACUUUCUAGAGCAAUUGGCUACUAAAACGGGGAAGCUGCGGAAGGGCGGGGAACCCGAUAUCCACACUGCCGCCAAAAUUGUUUUGCACGACUGGCAAAGGGGGAAAAUCCCGUUCUAUACGCUCCCCGCUGGAGAGGCCUGUGACAGGACGACAAUGGAAGCUUCUCAGGGUAAAAUGAAGAUCGAAAACCAGUCGCUAAGCGCCCAGAAGGGGCUCUCCUGUAGUUUGGUGCCCGCCACGAGCGUCUCACCUCCGAAGAUCGAGGAAGACAAUACCGGUAUAGACUGGGAUGAGGUGUGCGCGAGCGUGGCAGAACCGGUAAGCUUGACUCAGGCCACCAAACGGGACGCAGACCAGCCCGAAGGAACGGAGAAGAGGCCUCGGACAGAUGGCGAAUGGCACAGCAAAGAACACAAGUAGAAUCAGAGACACGUGAUAAU